GAGGUGAACCAAGCUGAAGUCACUGGCGUGAAGGGGGCGUGGUUCUUGUUUAUGUUCAUCUGCCGCACACGGUCCGGAAAGCCGAGGAAACCCUUCAAAUCUGUAGAAAUAAGAGGAAAAGCGUCGCUUAGCGUGUGUUUUUGACGAUCAGAGAGCCUAAAUUCGCUCCAUGCGAUGGCGGCACAGCGAAACCUGCCCCAAAGCAAAGAGGCCCUUCUGAAGUCCUACAACACCAGGCUCAAGGACGACGUCAAAUCGAUGCUCGAGAAUUUCGAAGAAAUGGUGAAGCUGGCGAAAGGCGACAGUGAAGCCCAGAAUUCGCAGCAGCUCUCCAGGAUUACGCAGUGCGAGCAGGAGCACUACGAAAUGCACGUUCGUGCCGCUAAUAUCGUGAGAGCCGGCGAGAGUCUGAUGAAGCUGAUUUCCGACAUUAAACAGUACCUGAUCCUGAACGACUUCCCGUCGGUCAACGAAGCCAUCGCCAGCAACUCCAAGCUGUUCAGGACGAAGCAGGUCGAGUGCGACCAAAAGCUGAUGACUCUGAGAGACGACAUGGCUGCCGAUUUGUACGAUUUGGAGGAGGAGUAUUACACGUCACUUUGUAAAUAAUUUCCGGAGGUUUAUUAAUUGAAAUAUUAAACAUUUGUACUCAUAUAUAACAAAAA